AUGCAGCUAAGGAGGGCUGAUACAACUCUGGGUGAUGAUCAAGAGCUUGCAAAUGUCACCUAUAAUGACAAGUACGUCGUGGUCUACGACUUCGGCAGUGUAGAGCACGAAACCGCCGUCACUGAGUUCACAGAAUUGAUCAAAGACCUACAAUCUGCUGGACUGAACACAGAAGUUCGACAUGGUUACGACCAAUCUCUCCUAGUCUUCGUGCAGGUGCCUCGAGAGUUGCUAGGUAAUACAGUAUACAAGUCAAGGGUGAAAGAUUGGCUGUACGGCAUCACCAAGCAACACCCCGGUGGCACAGCUUCGAGCGUGGUUGACGGCGCUUUCGAGGCUGAAGAUCUACUGUCAGUUUUCCAUCUCGUCAACUGGCGCAAAGAACUUGGAGGAGCAGGCAUUACCCCAGGAUUUGGUCAGUGGGAGAAUGUGUCUUGCAUCUUCCCACUUCAUAACCAGCCUGUCAAUAAUCAACUGCUCACCCAUUUGAGCAAGCGCUUCUUUCUCGACCUCAACGACCUCGACCGAAUCCGCGAUUUGUGGGGAGCGAAGGUUGCCUUCUACUUUGCGUUCCUCCAGACCUACUUCCGCUUCCUUGCCUUUCCAUGCGUGGCUGGCGUCUUCGCCUGGGCAUUCUUACCACAGUACUCGUUAUUAUUUGCUUUGAUGAUAGGUGUGUGGUGCACUGUCUUCCUGGAAUACUGGAAAAUCAAGGAGCAGGACCUGGCGAUACGCUGGGAGGUCCGUGGCGUUGGCAACCUAAAGGCCAAUCGACCACAGUUUCAACAUGAGACCACCAUUGUUGAUGCGGCUGGUAGGCUACUUCACCACUUUCCCAGAUGGAAGCGGAUUGUCAGGCAGCUACUCGUUAUCCCUUUCGUACUGGUCAGUACCUUGUUCCUCGGGGCACUGAUAGCUAUCGUCUUUGCUAUCGAAACUUUCAUCAGCGAGGCCUAUGAUGGGCCGUACAAGUUCUAUCUUGAAUACCUUCCGACCGUGCUGCUCGGUGUCUUCCUGCCGUAUGCGACGAGCUUCCUAGAGGACAUCGCUAACAACAUGACCGAAUACGAAAACCACCGGACUGCAGACCAUCACGAGAUGUCUUUGACGCAGAAGAUCUUCGUCCUUAACUCGAUCACAAACUACCUACCAAUCUUCCUCACCGCAUUUCUGUACGUUCCGUUCAGCAGCCGAGUUAUACCCAUGUUUCAGUCCUGCAUCGAUACGGUGAUAGGUAGCAAGGAGCGUGGAGCUAUCAAGUUCACGGCCGAUCCUGACAGGCUACGAAACGAAGUGAUUGCUCUUACCUUGACCGGACAAGUAUCGGGCGCAAUCGAAGAGCUGGCACUCCCCUGGUUCAAGACUCAGUUCAAGCAGUGGUGGCGUGACCGUCAGGCAACAAGGGUGCAUCAGCGAGGAGGUUCGGGCCAGCAUUUAGCGCCUGAUGAUCCUGGAGAGGCCAAAUUCCUUCGCAGAGCGAGGAAGCAAGCACUCAGGCCUGAGUACAACGUUCAGGACGACAUUGCAGAGAUGGUCAUACAGUUCGGCUACUUGGCUCUUUUCAGCCCAGUCUGGCCCCUCGUACCCAUCGGUUUCUUCAUCAACAACUGGUUUGAGCUUCGGUCCGAUUUUCUCAAGAUUUCCGUCGAAUACCAGAGACCUGCACCUACACGGAGUGAUGGCCUUGGACCGUGGAUCUCAAGUUUGGAAGCCUUGACUUGGCUCGGAAGCUUGUCUAGCGCUGCCAUUGUCCACUUGUUUGGUUCUCAAAAGUUUCUCGGGGAACGUAUGGGCUUGAGCCUGUGGGCCAGUCUCCCUAUCACCAUCCUGAUAUCCGAACACAUCUUCAUGGGCUUCAGAACUGGCGUACGGUUUGCACUUUGCAAGCUUGGUUCUGAGCAGACCAGAAAAGAGAGGGCCGAACGAUAUGCAAAGCGCAAGCGCAUCUUGGACGAGCUAGAAGCGAAUGCAGAGAAAGUAUCGCAUCUUGGUGUUACGGAGAUGCAAAGACGGAAAAGCGUCCGGAUCAACGCUGCUGAUUUGUUUUGGACGAGGCAGGCCGAUGAAGGCGCCAGUGAGAAUGCUGGGCUGUCGAUCAUCAAGGCUGCAAAGAGUGCCCAGGAAGAGAAGGAAAUCACAGGAAGAGGAAACAAGAUAGACUGA